AUGCUCUCAAAGCAGCUGACAAAAACAAGGCAACAACACCAACCAAGGGACUCUUUUGAGGACUGGAGGAGUUCAGCUUCUGCUGCAAGGCAUCAGAUGAUCAUCACACCUCGGGUUGUUGCUGGGCGCUCGGAGAUUGAGGAAGAACAUGAUGAUGAUGUGGUGAAACCCCUAAGGAGGGACAAGAAGUUGCCUUUGGAUGGACUAACAUUCUUGGUUGUAGAUGAUUAG